ACUGGAGAGGACCUGAAGCAACAAAAAAAAGGGACAUUUUUCCAAAGAGGCGCGAGCUGAUCGGACGCUGUGGAUAAAUAUAGCAUUGGCAAAGGUUUCCAGUGUCAAACUCGACUCGAUGUCCAGGAGGAGAGAGGAAUUUAAGUCAGAGGAACAAAUCCAAAGUCUACUGUAAAUGGACACAGUGGAGAUCUCGUAAAAGACACAUAGGCCUACUUUAGACCACCCUGUGAACUCUCCCUGGAUAUUCGUUUACUCAUAAAGCGCGCUACAGAAAGCCACAAAGAUGGAAGUGGCUGCUGAUCAGCCCCGCUGGAUGCAUCACCAUGCCAUGCUGAACGGACAACACCCGGACUCUCACCACCACGGCCUGGGGCACAACUACAUGGAGCCCACGGCGCAGCUCCUGCCUCCGGAUGAGGUGGAUGUUUUCUUUAAUCACCUGGACUCACAAGGAAACCCGUACUACCACAACACUGCCAGGGCCAGAGUGUCCUACAGCCAAGCGCACGCUCGUCUGACGGGGAGUCAGGUCUGCCGGCCUCAUCUCAUCCACAGCCCGGGGAUUUCCUGGCUGGACGGAGGGAAAGCAGCCCUGUCGGCUCACCACCACAACGCCUGGGCCGUCAGCCCCUUCAGCAAGCCCAGCCUGCACCACCCGGGCUCCGCGUCCCCCGGCGGCCUCUCCGCAGUCUACCCGUGCAGCAGCAACUCAAACACGGUCUCCGCAUCCUCGUUAACGCCGCCGUCCCACUCCAGCCCGCAUCUGUACACUUUCCCCCCUACACCACCAAAGGACGUAUCACCAGACCCGGGGGCCGCGUCUCCCACCGCCACCAUGGACGAGAAGGAAUCUAUCAAGUACCAAGUGUCGUUAUCGGAGGGGAUGAAGAUGGAGGGCUCCAGCCCGCUGAGGAGCAGCCUGGCCUCCAUGAGCGCUCAGACCCCCUCCACCCACCAUCCCAUUCCGACAUAUCCCUACUCUCUCCCAGCAGCACAUGAGUACGGCAGCAGUCUGUUUCACCAGGGCAGCCUGCUGGGAGCAUCAUCCAACUACACCUCCAGGAACAAAGGCAAGACACGGUCCUGCACCGAGGGCCGUGAGUGUGUAAACUGCGGAGCCACCUCUACACCUCUGUGGAGACGUGACAGCACCGGACACUAUCUGUGCAACGCCUGCGGGCUGUACCACAAGAUGAACGGCCAGAACAGACCACUCAUCAAACCCAAACGCAGACUGUCUGCUGCCAGACGAGCAGGCACCUGUUGUGCUAACUGUCAGACGACCACUACCACACUCUGGAGGCGCAAUGCAAAUGGAGACCCGGUGUGCAAUGCCUGCGGCCUCUACUAUAAACUGCAUAAUGUGAACCGGCCUCUGACCAUGAAAAAGGAGGGGAUACAGACACGCAACCGAAAAAUGUCCAACAAGUCCAAAAAGAGCAAGCGUGGCUGCGACAGCUACGAGGAGUUUUCCAAAAGCCUGCACGACAAGAGCUCUCCCUUCAGCUCUCUGGCCGGACACAUGUCCAUGGGCCACUUGCCACAUUUUGGCCACGCUGGACACAUGCUUCCCACGCCCACCCCGAUACACCCUUCCUUUGGGCACCCGCACCACUCUAACAUGGUGACGGCCAUGGGCUGAGAGGGUGAGGAGAGGGUUAACAUAUAGGAACGCUGGGGGAACCUGAGAUGGUUGUGUGAAUGGAGAUGAGGGUCUAACUAGUGGACAGUGUGUAUGUUAUGUUACAGACAUGCAGUUUGUGUGUCUUCAUCUUGAUUGUCUCUUGAUUAAUUAUGCCAAUGGUAUGUUGGCGAACAGAUGAAUCAUGGGAGGAAAGGACCGUUUUACUCCUUAUCUAUAGGUACCUAUUUUGAUGGAGGAAGACAGAGAGGAAUAUUCUGCUUCCCGUCGGCCAGGCACCCACAUGUAAACACAAAAAUGUCAUUGCACCUCAUAGUUUUGUCCCCACUGACAGCCUGACUGACUGCAGUGGAGCUCAAUAUGUGCCGAACAGGUUUAUAGUAACUGUGAAUAUUGUAAAUGUGUGAGACCGAAGGGGCGGCCGGCAAGGGAAAUCCCCUUUGCAACAUUAAUGAAAAUAUGCUGGAUUUUUUUUUUGCUUAUGGACAAUUUUAAAGGAAUUUUCACAAAAGAAAGAGAGCAAACAAAAAGGUUUAUGAACCCUAAUUUGACACUGUUUAUUAUAAUUAUUAUUAUUAUAAUUAUUAUUGUUAUUCAGAUAAUUUAUUUUCACUGCCUGUUUUUUUCUUUUACUAUAUCACCUGAAUCAUAAUAUGGAUACUGUUAUCCCAGUUAUGAAUAUAUUUUUAGCUAAAGCGCUUUCUUUGAACUGGUCAACAUU